AUGGAUUUGGAGACGGAGUCGAAGCUGGUAUCACUUAUUACUCGCCUGAUCUCAAGCGAAGACAAUAUAGAUUCGGAGCCGAUUAUGCAUUCGAAGGUCCAAUUCCAAUCAUAUGUUAUUCAAAUAAUCUCUCUGCUCAGGUCAACGGAUCUGGAUUCGCAGCCCAACCCGGAGUCGUCGGAGUUCAUGUCGCUCGUUACUCAAGCAAUCUCCCUCUUCAACUCCAUGGAUGUGGAUGCCCAGCCGAAGCCACUGGAGCUCAUAUCACUCAUUUCUCUACUAAUCUCUUCGCCGGACUCUAAAGACUCGGAGCAGAUGCCGGACUUCAUGUUACUCAUUGAGAAAACAUUGAAUCUCGAGCCGGAGCCGGAGCUCGUUUCACUCAUGCAUCAGAUAUUCUCCCUCGUCGUGAAUUCAAAGUGGAAGAAGAAACUUAUUUGCUUGUCCCCUCAAAUAGAAAUAAGUUAUCAAUAUGGAAAAUUUCAUAUUGAUGAAGUCGAUUGGCGCUUCGGUAAUAAGUGGAACUGUCUCCCUUUAAACUGGGAGAAAUUCAGAUUAACAGGAGAAGAUGCUACCCAUUUUCUUUGCCGAGGUUGCAAUGGCCAGAGCCAUAAAGAAUAUAACAAGGCCCUAGUUGAGAUGAAACACACUCUUCAUCGAAAACAACCUCUUCAGCUUGUCUUAUUGUAUGCGUUUGGUUCAACGAGGGAAUGCUAUUGCUGUGAUGAAGAUCUCAGAGGGGUAAUUCUUUAUUGCUCGACCUGCGAUUUUGCUAUGAAUUUUUCUUGCGCGGGGAAAGAACCAGUGUUAUCUAUAGACCAUCCUAAGUGA